GCAGAUCCCAAGUCUCCCAGGUGCUUGCCCUCUCCCAGGAGUUAUUCUGGGCUCCGGGCUCCCACAGAGCAGUCCUGCCAGUCUCUCUCUCUGCAAACAGCAGGUCCGGGUCCCGGUUUCUGAAGCGCCAGCGUUGAAGGGGUGGGAUUUGCCAUCUCAUUAAUAAUGAUCAUUUAGAGGAAACGGAGUGAAGGAUACUUACAUUUUUAAUAUUUCCCAAUUCAGGAUGGAGGCACAGAUGGCAUCGAGAACGGAACAUCACACAGUAGUUUUAGAGAAAAUAUCCAAAUUAAUCCUGGAAAACAUGCCAAAGGCUGAUUAUUCCAGUUUAUUCAAUGAUUUUGUUGAAUCUGAGUUUUUCCUGAUCGACGGAGACUCCUUGCUUGUCACAUGUGUAUGUGAGAAGUCACUUAAGCCAGGACAGAGUCUCCAUUUCUUCUACUUGGUUGAGCGCUACCUGUUGGAUGUUAUUAGCAAAGGAGGGCAAUUCGCCAUAGUUUUCUUCAAGGAUGCUGAAUAUGCAUACUUCAAAGUCCCUGAACUUCUUACACUGAGAACUGCUUUAAUUCUACACCUUCAGAAGAAUACCUCCAUUGACGUUCGGACUGAAUUUUCCGGAUGCUUGUCCAAAGAGUGGAGCAUUUUCUUGGAUGAGAGUUGCCCCUAUUUCUUGAUUCUUGCCGAUGAAGGCCUGAACAACCAGCAGACACACCUUUUCAACUUUGUAGUCAUUCAGUCUUGGGCAGCGAAGGUCAACAUCGUUCUCUUCUCGGGGCAAACAUCUGACAUCCUCCGUCUUUACGCAUAUUUUAUGCAAAGCUCAUAUUCAGAGCAGAUCUUUUUCAACCAGAAUAUGAGGGAGAUUGUGAUUGCUUACAAAAGCCUGAUUCGGCAGUUGGAAAAAUAUAGAGACGUGAAUUUAACAACUCUGUUUGGAGAUUUAAAGUUCAACACUAUGAUGGAAAAGGCUUGUGAGACUAUAUCUCUGCUCACACAACUUUGGCCAGAAGGAUCUGACAUCCGACGAGUCCUUUGUGUCACUUCUUGCUCCCUCUCCUUGGAAAUGUACCAUUCUUUUUUAGAAAAUGAAGAAGAGAAAGCAUCCAAGCAGACAUGUGAAGUCAAACAGGAGAAAGGCAAUUAUUUAACCCUGAAGGACAUGGAAGAUUUCUGCAAGCUGCAUUGCCUCAGUGUGGUUUUUCAACUCCAUCUACCUCUGGCUCAGAGAGCACGAUCAAGAUUCAUCACUUCUGGUUGGAUUCAGGACCUCAAGACUGUCUUUAAAAUGAAAAAGUGGUGCGAGUAUUUCAUCUUAAGUAAUGUGCACACAUUUGAAUUGUGGAGUCUGAAUUCACUUCACCUUUCUGAUUUAAGUGAUGAGCCUUUGCUGAAGAAUAUUGCAUUUUACUAUGAACAUGAAAACCCAGAAGGCCUGGAUUUGAAUGUAGGAGAUAUCAUCAUGAAGGAGUAUGUACAUCUCUGGGACACUGUGUCAAAGUUGGUCAGAAAGUUUGAUGUAGGAAAACCAUUUCCUGUGCGAACAACAAAAUGUCAUUUUCUUAAAAAGACCCCAUCACCAAUCAAAGAAAGUUCCCAGGAGAAGAUACCAAAUUUGGGUUUUAUUCCUAUGUCAUGUAGUUUGGUUGAUGAAUUUACUGGAGACAUUUUGAAAGACUUGCCUUUCCUAAAGAGUGAUGAUCCCAUUGUUACCUCACUGGCUAAGCACAAGGAAUUUGAUGAGCUUGUGCACUGGCAUUCCCACAGACCCCUCAGUGAUGAUUAUGACAGGACCAAGACCAAUUUUGAUGAGCAUUCAAGAGACCCCCGUCAACUUAGGAGUUUGCAGAAAUACCAUGUUUUUCAACGAUUUUAUGGGAGCUCGUUAGAAUCAGUCUCCUCCAAGAUCAUCACAACUCAAGAUACUAAGACGAAGAAGGAUUGUAGUAAGUCCAGGAGCACAAAGACGCAUGAGACCAAGGCUGACAUAAUUGCUAGAGAGAAUAAGAAGAGGUUAAUUGCCAAGGAAGAACAAAAAGAAGAGCAAAAAUGGAAUGCCCUGUCAUCUUCUAUUGAGAAGGAGAUGAAAAGGAAUUUGAACUCUGGAAUGAAGAAUCUGGAAGAGUUUUUGAAAUCUUGUAAAAGUAACUCAGUAAAAGUUCAGGCUGAAAAAGUAGGGUUAACGGCUUGCUUGACAGCAUGGAGGGAGCACUGCCAAGCUGAAGGUGAAACCACAAAGGACUUGAACAUAGCCAUUGAUAUGAUGAAGAGAAUUCACUCCUUGUUGGACAAACACUCUGAACUUCUGCAAGAAGCAGACCGGAAACUCAUAGCUAGAUGUCUUACAUAUUUAGGGUUUGAUGAGCUAGCAAAUUCUUUGUAUCCAACUCAGGAAGCAGCAGAUGACAUAAAAAAGACAAAAAAGAACAAAUAUUCUGUUGGAAUUGGGCCAGCUCGGUUUCAACUAGAAUAUAUGGGACACCAUUUGAUACGAGAAGAAAGAAAAGACCCAGACCCUAGGGUCCAAGAUUUUAUUCCUGAUACAUGGCAGCGAGAGCUCCUUGAUGUGGUGGAUAACUAUGAGUCUGCAGUGAUUGUUGCCCCCACAUCCUCUGGCAAAACCUAUGCUUCCUACUACUGCAUGGAGAAGGUGCUCAAGGAGAGUAAUGAAGGCGUGGUUGUGUAUGUUGCACCAACAAAGGCACUUGUUAAUCAAGUGGCAGCAACUGUUCAAAAUCGUUACACCAAAAUUCUGCCCGCUGGUGGAGCUCUGUGUGGUGUUUUUACUAGGGACUAUCGUCAUGAUGCCUUGAACUGCCAGGUGCUUGUUACAGUGCCUGCCUGCUUUGAAAUCCUGCUACUGGCUCCUCAUCGCCAGAGCUGGGUGAAGAGGAUCAGAUACGUUAUAUUUGAUGAGGUUCAUUGUCUUGGUGGAGAAAUUGGAGCAGAAAUCUGGGAGCAUCUCCUUGUCAUGAUUCGAUGUCCCUUUUUGGCACUUUCAGCUACCAUAAGCAACCCGAAGCAUCUUACUGAGUGGCUCCAGUCAGUAAAGAGGUACUGGAAACAAGUAGACAGUGAAAUGGGAAAAACAACUGUUACCAAGAGAAAUACUGGCUCCCGUGGCAGCCAUCCAGUGCAACCCAGACAGUCAUACAAAGUUAGACUGGUGCUGUAUGGAGAGAGAUACAAUGAUCUGGAGAAGCAUUUAUGUUCUGUGAGACAGGGUGACGUUUGCUUUGAUCAUUUCCACCCGUGUGCUGCACUAACCACAGAUCAUAUUGAAAAGUAUGGAUUCCCUUCUGACCUUGCUUUUUCACCUCGAGAAAGCAUCCAGCUAUAUGACACUAUGCUUCAGGUCUGGAAGAGCUGGCCCCAGGCCCAGAACCUGUGUCCAGAGAACUUCACUCAUUUUAAGAACAAAAUAGUCAUUAAAAAGUCGGAUGCUAGAGAAUAUGAGGCGAGUUUAAAGGAAGAAUUCACAAGUUGGAUUAAAAAUGGGAACGAGGAACAGGCCAGAAUGGUGCUGGAGAAAUUCCGUCCUAAUUUCUGUGACUACUCAGGCCAGAUGCUGAAAUUCUUUCCAAAUCUUGUUGAGAAGCUCAGGGAAAUGGAAAAGUUGCCUGCACUGUUCUUUUUAUUUAGAUUAGGUUCUGUAGAAGAAUGUGCUGAGGCUGCUUGCCAAUUCCUGGAGGAGAAACAAGAGGAGAAAAGACCUCCUAAUGCUGAUAGAGAAGCUCAUGUCAUGGCUAACAAACUUCGAAAAGUUAAGAAGUCUUUGGAGAAAUCACAAAACAUAAGAGAUGAAAAAACCCAGAAGCUUUCCAGAAGAUUGGACCAGAUCAUCAUGAAUGAAGCUGAACACAAUUGCCUCCUGGAGAGUCUCAAGAAGAAUCUAGAGAUUCCUGAGGACUGCACGUAUGCUGAUCAGAAAGCAAUAGAUGAUCAGUCAUUGCAGAUGGUGUUUGAUCGAGUGAAAUUCAGUAGAAAAGGCAACACACUGAAGAAAUUGGCAAGAAGAGGCAUUGGCUAUCAUCACAGCUCCAUGAGUAACAAAGAAAAGCAGUUAGUCGAAAUUCUUUUUAGGAAAGGAUUUAUUAGGGUGGUGACAGCUACUGGAACACUAGCUUUAGGAAUCAACAUGCCCUGUAAAUCCGUGGUUUUUGUUCAAAACUCAGUCUAUCUGGAUGCUUUAAAUUUCAGACAGAUGUCUGGUCGAGCUGGAAGACGAGGACAAGACCUGCUGGGUGAUGUCUACUUCUUUAAUAUUCCACUGCCCAAAAUAGAAAAACUCAUAAAAUCCAAAGUUCCUGAGCUGAGAGGACAGUUUCCUCUCAGAAUCUCACUCAUUCUAAGACUCCUGCUGCUGGCCUCCAAGGCAGAUGACCCAGAGGAUGGCAAAGCAAAGGCACUGUCAGUGCUGAAGCACUCUCUGUUAUCCUUCAAACAUCCCCGAGCCACAGACAUGUUGAAGCUUUACUUCUUAUAUUCUUUGCAGCUCCUGGUGAAAGAGGGACAUAUAGAUCAGGAAGGUAAUCCCACAGGGUUUGCUGGCCUUGUAACACAUUUACAUUACCAUGAACCAUCUAAUCUUGUUUUUGUGAAUUUUCUUGUAAGAGGACUUUUCCAUAAUCUUUGUCAGCCAACUCACAAAGGCUCAAAACGUUUUUCUGAAGAUGUAAUGGAAAAGCUGGUUUUAGUAUUGGCAAAUCUGUUUGGAAGAACACAUAUUCCGGCAAAGUUCCAAGAUGCUAACAUAAAGUUUUAUCAAUCAAAGGUGUUCCUUGAUGACCUCCCAGAGGACUUCAGUGAGGCCCUGCUUGAAUACAACAUGCAAGUGACCAAGGACUUUGCUGCUUUUCUGCUAAUUGUGUCUCGAUUGGCUGAUAUGAAGCAGGAAUAUCAACUCCCCUUGUCAAAAAUUGAAUUCACAGGUCAAGAAUGUGAAGAUUCGCCACUCGUAUCUCACUUGAUGAACUGCAGGGAAGGAAGGGUGGCAGUUUCCCCAUUUGUUUGUCUGUCUGGAAACUUUGAUGUGGAUUUGCUUCACCCAGGAGUUUCAAAUAAUGUCAUUCUGCACACAAUUGGUAUCAACCACACUCAAGCUCCAGUGCUGUGGCCACACAGAUUGGAUAAUACAGGAAGAAAAAUGCCGCUUAAUGCAUAUGCCCUUGACUUCUACAAGCAUGGGUCCCUUGUGGGAUUAGAACAGGACAAUGGGAUACAUCAAGGGGCAGCUUACCAGAUGUUGAAAGAUUUUUUCCUUACCAUUAAAUCUAUCAGUGUCUCCUUGCGUGAACUGUGCGAAAAUGAGGAAGACAAUGUGGUUUUAGCGUUCGAACAAUUGUCCGAGUCCUUUCAGGAAAAGUUUGAAAAAGUGUGAAAAGAAAAGCCUUGCAAACCGCUGGAAAUGUCUCCAUAGAAGCUUUGCAAGUUAUAUAUUUGUUAUUCUUGUGUCUUGAUCAGAAAAUCACACAUAAUGAAGUGGAAUGAGCAGUCAGUUUGGAGUUAAAGAGUUGGCAUCGAACUUGCUGUGAUUGACUCUGAGCACCCUUGGCCAUGCUACUUGGUGUGGCUAAGUCUUGGUUUCUUUAAAUGAUCAGCUAAAACUGCUUAUGUCUCCAAAUUAUUGAGGACUAAAUGAGAAAAUGCAGGAUUUUGCAUAUACAUGUUUGAAGACUUUUUACAUUCUGUGAGACCCAAACAAAUAUUGCAUUUAAAUAUUUUCAUUGUUAAUAUAUGUAAAAAUUUAUUUAAAUUAGGAAAUAAAUGAUUGUAGCAUCCUGAAAAUGUAAUAUAUUGUUCCCAGUCAACAUAAAGAGAUUGUACUGCUUAGGUAGUUAGCUAUUGAAAUAGUACAUCUUAAAAAAUAAGCUACUUGUAAAAAAAAUGAAUGUUUUUGUUUAAUUUGUGUGAUGCUUUAACAAGGAAACAUGUAGCUACUGUUCUGCUUUAUUUUAAUUGUAUAUACAUGACUGUUGAAAUAAUGACUUCCUUGGUUUCA